CUGGGAUGCAAAAACAGUGCAAGAAAGAAACAGAUGGGACAAAAUCAAACUCUAUGGAAAAUAGGAAGGAAUCUCAAGGCUCUUCCACUAUGUCACAGAAUGCUUCAGAGAGUCAUUCGGACACAAAAAUCUGCAAAAUACAUCAAAACCCGUCCAAGAAGCGUAACAGCAAAGAAUCCGUUAUCACAGAGAGGAAUGUUGAUGCAGUGAUGCAAGAUGAAGACAAACAAGAAGAAAGCAAGAGCCAAGAAAUUUCUCAGAGUAGCGUCAGCUCUGAAAGGAAAGAUGGAUCUGAAGGACUCAACAUUAGAGAGGAAGAGGAUUCUAAUGAAGGAGAUGAUGACAGUCACGACAUAAUUGUGUUUGAGGAGAAAAUAAGUCACAGAGAAGCUGACGAAGAAGAAGAAGAAGAAGAAGAAGAGAAGAAGAAGAAGAUGACGAAAAGAGGAUAAGGAAGGUGCAAAUGGAGAUGAGGAAGCAGGAUUGGAUGAUGAAGCAGAGGGAGGUGAUGAAGAAGGGAAUGAGAAGAGAGAUGAGACUGAACCCAGUGAGAGAGAAGAGCUAGAAAGGGAAGAAGAUGUUCCAGAGGACAUUCCAGACAGUGGAAAUGGAGGAGAGACAAUGGAGGAAGGGGCUAAGAAGACUGAAGGACACGUAGAAGAUGAGAGUGAAAUUCACAACAGUCUUGAGGAGUCUGAAGAGGAGGAGGUUUACGAUGAAGAAAUAGAAGAUGAUGAAGAGGAGGAUGAGGUUGUGGUCGAGAAAGCAUACCCCUGGUCAAAAGGCCCUUUUGAUGAUCAUACAAAAUCCCCCGAGGAUGAUGAGGAUGAUAUUGAAGGUCUUCUCAACCCUGUCAACUCCCAAACACAGCAAGAAGAUGAUCUAAAGGAGACAGACCAGUCACACGAUGAACACUCUGAUUCAGAAGAGGAAAAUCUACCACAGAAGCCCGCAGCCGCAAAUGAGACAGAAGAGUCUGAUGAUGAGUUUGACCACUUCUAUGAUUAAACCAGAAACUAGAGCAUAAAGAUGGGAAACAAUGGAAAUAGAAAAACCAACAAUGGAUGAAUAAGCUGGACAGAUGCUGCAAUAACUCGGUGCUUUCAAAAAACGAGCAAGGUGCACACCCUAAACAGCAGCUCAGACCGGCCAGAGAGCCACAAGGCCGAGCCAUGAAUAGAGGAAUCACAUUACAAAGGGAUGAAAGAGGAAAGAAAGGGAUAAAUAGAUGCUGGGUGUCCCUCAUCUUUUUUUUGUUAUUUGCUGGAAGCUUAUCUGACUGUCCUGAAAGAACCGCACCACUGUCACUCUGCAAACACAGGUGGGUCCAGAGAUGAAGAGAGAAUAAAAGAGGAGAUGAAUAGUGGAUGACGUUAAACCAGAGAAGCCAAGUUCUAGACUUAUUUUAACAGCAUAGCUGGAACGGUAUCGCUUUUCUAAAACAGUUUUUUUUAUUUCUAAAUCAAUGUUUUAUUUAUGUCCUAUAGGAAUCAAGAGGUCUUCGGAAUUCAUUUAAA